GAAAAAAGAACGAACUGGUUUGAAAUGGAUGAGAACAAGCGGCAGCCGGAGGAGCACGAGGUUUUGGCCGAGAUCCACUCGGUCAUUUCCAACAAUCCCGAAUUCGGCUCCAAGCGCGUUGCCAGCAGCAUCAAGAGCAGCAAUCCGGACUGGCACAUAGGCGACAAGCGAGUGAACAAGCUCUUGAAAAAGUAUAAAUCUUCAAGCAGUAUGAACAGCAACGACACUGGCAGCAGCCCGUGGAACGUGGCACCCGCCGCCACCAGUACCAGCCCCGAGACCGCGAGCCCGUGGGCUGUGUCCCCCUUCCAGACCAGCAACCCGUUCAAGUCCCCCGAGGUGCAGUCUCCUCCCGCCGAGACGGAGCCUGAGCCGGAUGUCGUCAGUUCUGCCGUGACGAAGGACCUGCCGGCCAAGGAGCCGGUAUCGUCGGCUUUCUCGUCAGCCUUCGAGCCUGAGAAAGACGAAGCCCCCGCGUCAUCUGCCUGGACGGCGGCGCCUGUGCAGGCUGAGGAGAUCGCGCAGACGUCACCGUGGACAUCGGCGGCGACGGAGACUUCGGAACUGGUGCAAGAGACUGUUGAGAAGCCCACGGAGAAGACACCUCAGCCCGUGGUGGAGAAGGUUGCUGCACCCGUUGAGAAGGAAGUUGUGUCUGAAGUGCGUGAGGAAGUCGUAGAGAGGGAGGCGGAGCCGGAAACUCAGGAGCAGGUUGAGGAGAUUACGUCGAGUGCGUGGACGACUGCUCCUGCGCAGGAGGAAUCUGCUGCGAGUGCGUGGACGACGGCUCCUGUUCAGGAGACCCCCAAGCCUGUUGUCGAGGAGACUGAGCCUGCAGUUGAAGAGGUCGCUGUGGAGGAGGAAGCUCCAGUUGUUGAAGAAUCCACUGCUAUUGAAGAGCCAGUGAAGGAGUCCGUCGAGGAAACGGUUGCUCAUGUUGAAGAGGUUGUCGUCCCGCGCGAGAAGGAACAGGAGCAGGCUGCGACUUCUAGCGCAUGGACAACAACACUUGUGCAGGAGGAGCCUGUGAGCGCUUGGACCACGGCACCUGUGAAGGAAGAACCUGCUGUUAACAAACCUGUAGUGGAGGAGGUUGAGAAGGUUGCUGAGGAGCCUUUCCAGAAGGAGACCACACCUGUUGUGACUGAGCCAGUGGUGGAACCUGUGGAGAAGGUGGAGGAAGCGCCUGUUGCUAGCCCGUGGACGUCUGCACCGGUGCAUAAAGCAGUGGAAUCUGCUGCGCCUGUGCCGGAGAAGGUUGCAGAAGUCGCUGAGACCGUUAAAGAGCCUGUCAAGGAGACACCAGCGCCGGUUGUGGAGGAGCCUGCCGUCGUGGAAGAGACCCCGGCAAUCAGUGCCUGGAACACGACGCCCGUGGAAGUCGUGGAAAAACCUGCAGUGGUGAAGCCGGUUAAGGAGGAAGUCGCUGCAGUUGUCGAGGAAGUAGCCGCCCCCGUUGCAGCGGUUGCUGUUGUCGAGAAGGAGGUGCCGGCUGCGUCUUCGGCAUGGAACACAACUCCGGUGCAGGAGGAAGUGAAGGCUGUUGUUGUCGAAAAGAUUGAGACUGUGAAGGAAUCCGCUGCCGAGCCGCAGAAGGAGUUUGUCGUGAAGGAGACAGUAGCUGAGACCAAGGAGAGUUCUGCAUCGGCCGUCAAGGAGGUCGUCGUGGCUACUGAGGCCGUGGUUGAGGACGCCAAGAUUGACAAGAAGGCCAUUGCGAACGCAUUCGAUGGUGUGUCCAGCUACAAGGUAGACAGCGUGGUCAAGGUCAAGAAGGUUCCAAGUGUCGAGGCCGCCGCCGCCAAGUCGGCCGACGCACCUGGCGCGUGUGGCGCCUGCGGAAUCGCUAGCUGCGUUGUCAUGUAGUUUGCUUCGUUUUGCUUUGGUAGCGUGUCAUGCGGCGAUCGUAGUGCAGCGCUCGUGCUCUAGAGGCGCCUCAUGCGUCUCGAGGCGAGACGCGUCCAUAAGAAUAAGAUCCAUUCUCGUUUUUAGCCAGAUUUGCUCUGACGUGGCGUCAAUGGCCUUGGAUACAUGUACGGUCUGACUGGCUUCAACAUGGAUUUUAGCCUCUAUAAAGACAUAAACAACCCG